AUGACUGCGGAUAGCACCCAAAGGGUCGGAAACCAUUCCAGCUCUCAAAUUGAAGGUUCUGCAGAACUAUUGCCGAUCACAUCGGCGCAAUCCAAUUCCCCCGCAGCCCAGGAGUUUGAUGAAGACGAAAAAGACCAUGAUGUCAAUGUCCAAAGCACGACAGAAGAGUCAAUAGGGAAGCGCAAGUAUUGGAGACGUUUUAUCGAUGCUGUUUCAUGGACACCGCCGCGAUGUCGAUGGAAUACAGAGAAUCCGAUCAAAUUCGGCUUGCCUUUGAAUAUCCUGUUCGCAUUCUCGGCAACUUUCACGGUCGCCAAUCUAUACUAUUCACAUCCCAUUCUGGAUAUUCUUGCUCAAUUCUUCGAUGUCUCGCAUGAGCGAGCCUCGCUGAUCCCGACCUGCAGCCAAGCUGGAUAUGCGACAGGAUUAAUUCUUCUUUGUCCUCUUGGUGACUUAGUUCGGAGGAGGCACUUCGUAUUGCUCCUGACGCUUGUUACUGCGGCAUUGUGGGUUGGUGUCUGUAUCACCAAGUCAUUCGAGGUAUUCCUUGUGCUGAGUUAUCUAUCUUCGGUCACAACUGUUACUCCACAAGUCAUGCUCCCUCUCGUCGGAGAUCUGGUCCCCCCAGCUCGUCGCGCAACAGCCCUAUCAAUCGUGUCUUCGGGACUCGUCCUGGGCCUUCUCUUUGCCCGCCUGCUCUCCGGUAUAGUCGCAGAAUACUCGUACUGGCGAAAUAUCUAUUGGCUAUCACUAGGCCUCCAAUUCCUCAUUUUCGCCCUUCUGUGGCUGUUCAUGCCGGACUAUCCAUCAACAAACACCAAUAUUUCCUACUUCAAGAUCCUAUAUUCCAUCAUCGGAUACUACUGGAAAUCCCCAGUGCUUGUUCAGGCAACUCUCAUGGGAUUUUUCCUCUCGGCCACAUUCACCAGUUUCUGGACAACACUCACCUUCCUCCUAUCCGGCGAUCCCUACAACUACCCAACCCUGACAAUCGGACUAUUCUCUCUAGCAGGUCUUACACCUAUGUUCCUAGGCCCACUCUUCUCACGCUACAUGAUCGACAAAUUCGUGCCGCAGUUCUCCAUCCUCGUCAGUUUCAGCAUCCUGAUCACCGGCGUCAGCGUCGGGACCUAUACAGGCACAUAUACUGUCGCGGGCCCAAUCAUCCAGGCUGCGCUGCAGGAUUUUGGUCUACAGAUGACGCAAGUUGCCAACCGUGUUGCGAUCUACAGUGUUGCGCCCAAGGCGCGGAAUCGGAUCAAUACGGGAUACAUGAUUGGCGUGUUCUGUGGUCAGCUUAUGGGUACCUCUGUUGGGAAUCGUCUCUACAGUCAAGGAGGGUGGAUUCUGUCGGGAAGUGUCAAUAUGGCAUUUAUUGGGGUGGCGCUGACUAUUUGUCUUCUUCGUGGUCCGGCUGAGAAGGGAUGGGUUGGGUGGCAUGGUGGCAUUCGCAUCCGACGAAUAGAGUGA